CGCCGCGCCCGCCGAGUGCCCUCGCACAUCGGGGUGAUAUAAGUCGUCCUCUCUUCGCUUUCCGCCAUCGAUCCCAUCCGCCAUCGAUCCCAUCCGCCAUCGAUCCCAUCCGCAAUCCCGCCCUCCAUCCGGCCCCUUUGUACUCGCCACCGCCAUGUCGUCUCCCGCCCGCUCCCAUCCCCUCGCUCACGGCAGCUGCUUCUGCAAGGCCGUCACCUUCCACAUCAACGACAUGGACGCCGCCAACUGCGCCUGGAACAUGUACUGUCACUGCACCAUCUGCCAGAGGAUCUCGGGCGCACCCUUUGUGCACUCGAUCGGCUUCCGCAAUGGCGCCAUCACCUUCAACCCACCCCUGCCGGAGGACUCGGACGAGUCCAACUCGAGCGUCCUUGGCAUCUACCACACCAGCACCUUCCUUUCGCGUAUCCACUGCAAGAGAUGCGGCACCAACCUCGGCGGUCGCGGCCGGCCCUCCGCCAACAACCCGGACUCGUUUCUGCACGGCGUCGUCUCGGUCAUGUCGGGAGUGCUCGCGCCCGAGAUCCGCCCCAAAUUCCAGCCCCAGGGCCAUGUGAUGUACAAGUUCCGCAUCACCGAGUCUGCCGCGAACGACGGCUUGCCCAAGUUUGACGAGUUCCCCGGAGAGAACUGAGGGAGUGGCUCCGCUGAGUCUCUGCAGUUUUGUCCCGGGAACACCACGAUCCAUGUGGUGCUGCACUUGCUCUCGAUUUGCAAUCCCAACAUGCACUUGAUCUUCUCAAUAUGCACUCUAUCUUCUCAAUAUGUGCCCUCGUUCGCGUCUCUCUCUUGCUUUUCUUGAUAUAUUUCCUUUGAUUUUCCAGUCUCCUCUGCGUCCGCACGACUGGCAAUAUAUUCAAUCGGUCUGCUAGCCACGGCUCGAACGGGCGAGGAGAUCUCGCGUCUGAUCGCUUUUCAUGCAUCCAACUGCUUCUCAUGCGUCUGAUCGAUGGUCGAGGGCCAAGCGGUCACGAUACAAACACUCGUCUUGACCCUUCAGAUCAUUCGCUGGUGCCCGGGUAUCGCUCUGGUCGAGACAACAGUGGAGGCGAUGGCAGAGGCCCUUCACAUCCACGAGAAGCCC